AUGGUACGAGCGAGCGGAUUAUUCGCCAAUGAGCGACAAGAACAGCCUGCCCGUCGUUGGUGCGAUGUGCACGCGCUGUUCCCACUAAGUGCGAAUCGCCCGACAGUAUUAACUAUGACAGCCAGCAAGCACGAAGAAGUGGCGGCGCUCGAAGCGCUGCGCGACUCGUCGGCUGAACUCGCGCAGUACUUGGACGAGAUCAACGGGAAGAUGCUGCAGAUGAACCACCAGAACGAGCUGUCGCUGCGGGUGCUUGACAACUGGUCGAGCGUCCUUGCCAUCUCCAAGAUAAAUGGCAGUUCUGCAGCUGCUGCUGCUUCUUCGGCGGCAGGGAAACCGCAUGUUGACAAGGCGCUUGUGCGGACUUCCCCGUAG